CCACCCCAGGCCGGCACGGCUCCGCUAGGCGGAGGCUUAUGUUAUUUAGUUAUAUGGAGCUCUUUCUUCCCCACGCUGCUUGGAAGGCGAGACGGUUUUGUAUCCAGACAGGUUUGCUUUCUAUGGAAGAUUUUUAGAGCUUCUCUAUACGUUGGUCUGACCGAACCUGUUCAUUGGCACCCUUCAGAUACCAGAAGGCUGCAAUGAGAUCUUCCAGAGCCUUCUCCUUCCAGUCUGCACAGCCCCAACUCUCUCAGCCCAUCACCAUAGCAGAGCUGCUCCAGCCCUCUAAUCAUAUUCAUGGCCUCCUCUGCAUUCACUCCAGCAGGUCCACAUCCUUCUUAUGUUGGGGUACCCAGAGCUGAAUCCAGUCCUCUAGGUGGAGUCUCAUAAAGGCAGGUAUUCAGUUAAUUUCUGGCAUAAAACAUGUCCUGGAUUUUAAAGAUGUGACAUACAUCUAAAUUUGAUUAAGUGUUUUAUUUAUGUUGUUUGUUUAUAUAAUUUAUUACUUAUUUUUUAUAUUGUGACAAAAGUUUAUUCAUAUGAAGGUAAAUUCUGGAUUCUGAUGAUAUACAAUUAUUCAUUUCUCUAUAGUCUUCAGUAGGACAGGAUACCUAAGAGGAGCAACUUGAAAAUAACCAUCUGCUGGGGAAGUUCUAACGUUCUUUACAAUCACUCAAUUGACACCCAUCUGCAUUAGACAAGCAUUUUCUUAAAAUAAGACAAAGCCAUUGUAGCCAUGGAGGCCGACUGCAGCUCCAGUUUGCUGGGGUGGUAUUUUAUUUGUCAUACUCAUUUAUUUUAGCAUAUCUUUGUUUUGUAGCUGCUGCAUUGUAGAAAUAAGUUGUAUGGUGCCAGGAAGAAGUCAGGCCAGGACACUUCUAGCAAAGAGACAGAUACGAAGAACAAUGAUUGUCUCACAAAUCAGUCCCACUGACCUUUAUUUUAACUGCAUUUUCAUUAUAGUUCACUGUGUACAUUGCUUUUGGAACUGGAAGCUGUGAAGAAAGGAUAAUCAAAGGAAAGCAGAAAGGCUCAGAAUAGAGCAAGUGCCAGCCGUCCAUUUAAUCACAGCUUUUGUCUUUGACAGGGCAAGUACAAAAUGUUUUGGACAGCAUACAAGAUGCUGUACUGCAUAAUGAUAUGAUGAUAUGACGAAGACAAAAUUUUUCCCAGUUACAGGGCACACGUAAAUGCUUUAGCUACUGGACCACAGUGAUUUACUUCCCAUCUAUAAUAUUACUGUAUAUGUUCUAAUAUUUUGCAAGUGUCCAAGCAGCAUGACAUAUGGUAUUCUCAUCUAUUUCAUUAUGUAUAGAGAAAAUAUAUGGAACACAUCAAUACAGUAAGUCUGGUGUCUGCUGUUAGGAAAUCAGGUUAAAAUUAAUUGUCCUUUUUGCCUUAAUAUUUAUGAAGUAUGCAAGUAGGAUUAUAUAAAGCAUAUAACUGGAAUUCCUUCAAACCCAUAUAAUCUUAGAACUAGGCAAAGAUUCUACUAAUAAAUGUCAUAAAAUAGUUCAUUUUGCCCUGACCACGUUAAAAAUUGUGAUGUGCAACCUUCUAGUUAAUAUUUGCACACAGAUGCCAGAAACAAGGGUUUAUGUCUUCCUCAAUCUCUUUGAAUUCAAAGCAGUAAUUUCAAAGCAACUCACAUGAAGUAAUACUUCAUAUAUUUACACUGAGGUUUUGUUAAAUGAUUUUGAAUAACAUGUUCACUGAAGUCAAACACAAAAAAAUGUCUAUGCUAUUUGCUUGAGUACUCUUAUGGUAAUGUAUUGUGAUACACCUGUGAAAGGCAGAUAACCUGUAAGGUGCUGGGUGCUGGGAUCUCUGGGUGCCUGGGCUUCCCUGGGGAUGCUGGCCAGAGCAUCACUCUGUGCCAGCUUCCUGACACUGCUCUAGGGAACCACUUGUCCUAGUGCUUUUUUUGGCACAAACACCUGUUCUCAGUGUGGCCAAACUGACUACACCCAAUAUGGUCACUUUUUCUUGCUGAUAACUCAGACCAGUUUUCAACCAAUGGAAAGGUUAAAAUUAAUCUUUUUGUUCUUUGCCACUCUUUGAAGAAGGAAAUAGAAAUACUUCUACUGACCACAGCUGGCAUCAGAUUGGAACACUACUCACUUGAUAAAGAGCCCUUUUUAACUCAAGCUCUGGAAAUAAAACUAAAUAACAAGCUUAGAUUGUGCCUGCUCUGAAACUAGUAAUGGAAGUGGUCUCCUCUGUAGAGAUUGUAGCUCUCACACAAGCAAGCUACCAUUGAAAUAUACAGAAAAUCAGAAUGAAUUUUUAAUAUUAUUGAAAUAUGUUUUGGGAAACCCUGUGAAAAAUUUGCCUGACAUCUAUUGGGCAGGUAGAAAAGCUUCUUUACAGGAAGAAUAUUACUUUUAUUGCAUAAUAUAGAAAAGGGAUUUAAGAAUAUAUUUAUGCUACCAGUUAAUUUCCAAAGUGUAUUUUAUUUUACUCGCGUGAACCAUACAAUUGAAGUUAAUAGUACUAAUUUCAGUUUUAAUCAUUAUAUGUAUAUAUAAAUUAGAAUAUUAAAGUGGAGUUAGCUUCUUGAUACAGCCAGUUUGCAGUAUGCAAAGAUUCCAGCAGUGCAGAUCACAUCAUAUCUAAAAUAUCCCAUAAAGAAAAUAAUUGUUGUACAGAGUUCAAUUAGUCUAUUACAGCAAAAAGUACACUGAGUUUGGAUAAAUCAAAAACUCGGAUAAACCAAACUCAAAUGAGCAGGAUAGCCGUCUCCCUUUAACAUGUGUUUGUUCUUCAGCAUUGCAGUUUGCAUUAUGGUUUUGUUCCUGGAGAGGAUUAAAUAGAACAAUACACAAGGUCAUCCCAGACUUAAUGUGCUUUACAGAACAUUUAAUAAGCCAGUAGGUUUUGGAUAUGUAGAAUCAAUAAUUUCCAUACAAAAGUUUUAAAUGUUCACACUACAAUUUUUGUAUUGUUAUAACAGAAAUAUAAAAUUCCACUUCAGCUUGUGUUCAUCACACUCCUUUUCCUUUGCUGACUACUUAGCUGUACAGUCAGAGGCUUAAUAUGAAUAAUUUAUUUUGCAGUAGCAGUGCAAAACUCCAACUGCUUCAGAAGUGCCAAAUAUGAGAUCUUCUAGUUCUUCCCACAAGAUUUAUGCAAUUCAUAAUACACACAUCUUUUGAAAGCAUCUUCUAUCAAAUUCCAAGCAUAGUAAAUUAAAUAAUAGAUCUACACACCUGGAUGAAUGCACAAAAAGACACACACAGAGUGUUUAAUUUAGACAAAAUUCUGUUUACUUGCAUUAAUCCUUGCAUAUCUCAUUGAUUCCUACAUACCAUAAACCUAGAAUAGUAUGCAAGUAGUAUAUAUAAAGUCUUUUGUCUAAACACAUUGUUCUUGCAGUGUGUUGGGAACCUUAACCAAACACAGGGCAGAAGGACAAGCAGAAUGAAAGCUGUUAAAUUUUUUUACAAAUUCCUCUUGCCAGGAUUUUAAGUUACUGUCUAACAUUUAACUAGUCUGAAGUAUAAAGGUAAUUCUGCAGAGUUCAUAUCAAGUAGUUCUUGAACCGUUCAAUAGUAGAUGACUUUCCCCUGUGAUAGUGGAGCUGCUAAAUCAUAAUUUUUUCAGAGCACUACAAUUUUUCAUUCCAUAGAAGUGUUUCCAUAUUGAAUAGAUAAAUUUUAUGACAAAAACCCCAGAACACUGUAGAACAUUUCAAUAGAAAAUAAUCUCGUAUAAGCUUCACUUUGUAUUUCUGGAAAUAGAUUGAAAGUAAAAACUUUAUAAGGUUUAUUCAGCUUUAUAAGGUUUUGAGUAUCUGUGUGUGCAAUAGGAAUCUAGAAGUAAAAUAUAUAUUAUAAUAUCAAUCAUGAUGAGGACCAAGAAAACCACUUAUUUUUGUAGUGACAGUAUAGCAGUGUUGAUGAUUGGGAGCUAUAGUAAAUAAAGGUGAACUUCCAGGGAACGUUGAGAAUGAAUAAGAAAUACUAUGAUGCUCUCACCUACAACAUAAAAGACCUUGAACUGACUGUCUUGAAAUGUAUUGGAAAGGUUGGUUUGUGUUUGAAUAACAACAAAAUUCACCUCAAUUGAUAAGCCAGUCAUAACUGAUUUUAAAAGCUGAUUUAGAUAGUGCAAUUAAUAUAUAAGCUUAUUCAUGUCUAUUGAUUAAAUUUCUGUAUGUAAAGAAAAUCUAUCUUAUUAAUAAUUUUGAGAUUUUUGGGGAUGAAAAGGUGCUAGCCAAAGUUGAAAUAUUAGUUGAAAGAAUUUUGCUACUAUAAAAACUUUAUUUCUAAUUAAGUAAAGAUACUGUACGUAACACUUUGAAAUAGCUGACACUUUAUCAAAUUUAAAUAAAGGAUUCUGAAAAUACAGACUAGUAACCUCAACUAUAUACAUUGUAAUUGACAGAUAUCAUGGUUUAAAGAAUAACAGUAGAAAAUUUAUUAAAAAGAAAUUGCAUUUCAACUAAUACAUUGCAAUUCCUGGAACAUGCAUUUAUAAAAACAGAUUUAAAAAAAAAACCAAACAGGAUUAACACAACAAAUAUGUUUUGAAAAUGCUGCUGAAAAAAUGUCUCACAGGUACUACCCAGGAUAUGAAGUAGUUACAGAUUAAGGAAUAAAAUAUCUCCAUGGAAUAAAACAUGGGAAAUAGAAACAAGGAGCCACUUUAUUACAGAGAAAUUACAGCAGUGGGGUGUUUAUGAAAGUUCUGCAAAUAUGUUUUGUGCUUAAUACUUUAAUAAAUGUUUGGGAAACAUAGCCAAAUGGGGAUGACAAAUCUUGCAAAUGGAACAAAAAGUUUAGUUUAUUCAAUCCAAGAAAAGAUUAUGGGAAUAUUCAGAAAGUUUUCAUCAAUUGGGUGAAUGAGUGGUGUGAUAGCAAGAGAAUCUGUAAGCUUAAUAAAUAGUAACCACAAUAUUAGAGCAAACACAUUGAGACACUUAUCCUCACCACUGAGUUCUGAAUUGACUAAAUUAACUGAAGACAAACCCAGUCAUCAUUACAGAUGUGUGCACCCAAAAUCAAUAAAUCUGAGCAAAUAAAUAGGGGAAGGAAAGUAAUACAGAAUUCUGAUGAGAAUUAGACAAACUGCAUAUCAAAUUUCAAAAGAUUCUGAUCAAAAGCAUGGAAAACAUCCAAGAAGGGAUUUAAAAAUGGAAAAUUUUUGCUUCAGAAAGAAAAUAGGAUUUGUUGCCUCAAAUAUGCUGUAGAAAAAUCUAAAAAGAAGCGUGGCAAAGGACAGCUAAAAGUAGUAAAAAAACCCCAAACUGAUAUUAAAAAUUUGGAUUGAGUCAUGCCUUUCUCCAUGUAUCAUAAUUUAAGAAAGUCUUCAUCAGUUAAUGAAUUCCUAAAUUGACAAAAUCAAAUGAGAAAAAAACACCUUACUGAUAAUAUGUGUUUCAUUUUUGAUGCCUCUUUCAACACUACAUUGUCAAAGCCAAAACUGAAUGGAAUGAAGAGAAUAGAAUGGUUUGAAGAAAUAAGAGGAAUUCAAGUGGAGAAAACAUGAUCUCCUCGCCGACGGAGGCUCACUCGCCCCCGCAGGCUCCGGCUGACCCGGGGAGACCCGCGGCGCGGAGGGAGGAGCGCGCAGGGCCAUGUGAGCCGCUGGCGGCGGCAGCGGCCCUCAGGGAAGACAGAUGGGGUGAGAGACAGCGCCCGGUCCGGCUGUCAGCGCGGCCCCAGCCCCGCCGCGGAGGGAGCCCCUCCUCCCCGCCGUGUGCGCCGCGCUCCCGGCCGGGGAACCAUGGCGUCCAGCGAGGAGGACGGAGGCGGCAACGGCGCGGUGGAGGAGAAGGAGAACGGCAAGAAGAAGAAGAAGCUGGGCGUCCUGGCCACGACAUGGCUCAUCUUCUACAACGUCGCCAUGACCGCGGGGUGGCUGGUGUUAGGUAUUGCCAUGGUGCGGUUUUAUAUACAGAAAGGAACACAUAGAGGCUUAUUCAGAAGCGUUCAAAAGACGCUUAAAUUUUUCCAGACAUUUGCUUUGCUUGAGGUAAUCCACUGUGCAGUUGGAAUAGUUCGCACAUCUGUGCUUGUGACUGGGGUCCAAGUGAGUUCAAGAAUCUUCAUGGUGUGGUUCAUUGCACACAGUAUUAAACAGAUCCAGAAUGAGGAGAGCGUUAUUCUUUUUCUGGUCGUAUGGACUGUGACAGAGAUUACUCGAUAUUCCUUCUACACAUUCAACCUGCUCAACCAUUUGCCAUACUUCAUUAAAUGGGCCAGAUACAACUUUUUUAUCGUUCUGUAUCCUGCUGGAGUUGCAGGUGAACUGCUAACCAUAUAUGCUGCUUUACCCUACGUGAAGAAAACAGGAAUGUUUUCACUGAGACUUCCCAACAAAUACAAUGUCUCUUUUGACUACUAUUACUUCCUUAUUAUUGUCAUGUUCUCCUAUGUGCCAUUAUUUCCACAACUCUACUUCCACAUGCUGCGGCAGAGAAGAAGGGUGCUUCAUGGAGAAGUGAUUGUGGAAAAGGACGAUUGAAUCAAGCUGUGUAACCAUGGUGCUUUUAGUGGAAGGGAAAAGAAGAGAGGGUAAAGACCCAAAACUUCCUCUGAUUUUUCUGAGUCCAAGUUUUAAAACAUGGAACAAGAAUAAACAACUGUGCCUGUGCCUGUGGACUGUAUUAUUUUUGCAAUUAAUAUAUUUUGAGACCUACCUUUUCAUCCUCAGAUUUACUUUGGUUUUUAAUUGUUGAUUUCUUCAAAUAAAUAUUUUCUUAUUUUCAAUAUGUUGAUGAGUAGCUUUAAGAAUUGGAAUAGUUGGCUACUGUGCCUUCUGUUCUGAAAGUUCUGUUAUGACCUGUAGUAAUUAUCAAGAACAGAAGAAUUGAUAAGUUAUACUGAAAGUGAGUCUUCUGGAAAUCAGAGUGUAAACUAGGUAAUGAUGUUUUUCAUAGACUAGGUGAAUGGUAUUGAAUGGUAUUUAAGCUUUACAUUAAGUAAUACCUUUCCAGUUAUAAGUACUGUAGCACAUUGUUUAACAUUUUUUGAAUUACAGUAUCACUUGCAGAAUUCCAGAAGGAGUUUUGAAAAGAGUUGAAUUCUUGAUUGUCAGUGCAAACUUAGACUUCCCUGUAUUUUCAUUUGUAAUUUUAAAGAUAAUUAGGGUAAUAGAUAUAAUAUUAACUGGUUAAAAGUUUGUGCUGAGGAGAAGACAGGUUGUGCCUUCCUUUCUGUAAUCAGUGGCUGGAAUGGGACUCCUUUGCAGAGCAAAGCUGAUUGUCAGCAUGUUUCCUAUUCUACAUUUAAAGUAUGUACACAGAAAAAUCAGUAUUGCAUUGAAAAUUUGUAGCUAUGGUGAGACAUUUGACUUCUUUUCAACAGUUCAGUGGGAUAAAAUAUAUUUAAAAUAUCAUCUUAAAAUAUAAAUUGUGCUUUGAUUCAUCCCAUUGGGCAAUUUUAAUUACUCCCUUCCCAUUAAUUGUUUAUACUGUGUUGACCUAAUUCUAUUUCAUGUCUUCAAUAAUCUGCAGGAAGGAUCUACAGUAUAUUGAUAGAAGUUAGAGGUGAUAUUAUACAAUAUGAUACUUGAGUGGGAGAGGUCCAACAAAUUAGAAGAUUUUGAUCUAACAGCCUAGCAGAUUCAGAGAAAAGGUGAUGCAUUUGAGGAAACUUGGAUACUUAGUGAGAGAGAGAAGACUGAAAUGUAGUAAUGUGGUACGAAGCCUUGAAAAUGUAGGCAGCAAACCUGUCUUGUUUCUGGCUUCACUGAUGCCAAAAGAAGUGUAUACAUAUGUGGAAGAGCUGCAUCAGGCAGCUGUAAAAUCUGAAUUCUUGUGGUUGCUGAGGUAAUUUCUGGAGUACAGUCUUAUGUUUUGGCUACCUCAGGGAUGAAGAAUUAAAUAAUCUUCUGAAAGCUCAGAGAACAAUAACAAGACUAGUUGAAGUGAGAAAGAAGUCGGAAAGAUUGAGUUGCUAAUAUGUGUAAUUCUUUGUUCUAUGAUAAAUACAUGGAAGAGUUUUUCUAAGUAUGGAGGUGUAGCUAUGAUGAAUUUGAAACAAGGUAAAGAGCCAAUGAAUAUCAGAAGAAAGGUCCUACUGAUUAGAUCAAUUAUGGAAUGACACAGUAAUGCUUAUCAAUGCAUGCAGCAUCUUGGAAGGGUUUCAGUUAAAGCUGGCAAGAGAUUGAACUACAUAUUUGAAUGGGCAGUUUCCAUUUUUAGCUUCAAUUAUACUAUGAUAAUACAGCUUUUGGAAAUUUGUAGAUAUGCCAGAAUAAGUUGUAUCAAGUGAUUUAAGAAAAAAGCAAGGAUUUGCUAUAUACCUAACUUUUAAAUUCCAUGUUAUGCCUUGGAUUUGUGAUAUUUAUGUAUGUCUUCAUUACACGUAAAUGAGUUUCCUUUUAUGUGCAUAGCGGACUUGAGACAGAACAGUUGUAUUUCUUUAAAUUUUAAAAGGUGUAAUCUUUAUAUUCCUUAAAUUUCACACAAGGUGCUCUAAUUUAACUGACUGCUUCUGUUUUAUAUGCAGCUAAAAUUAUUAAAAGUUUAAAAUAUAAAUUACAUUUACAACAUUGAAUCACAAAAUAGUUGUGUUACAUGUGUUCAGACUAGCUGUGGUAUGUGUCCGACACUGUUUCAGUACUGUUUUAUAAACUAUGAGGAACAUAUUGGCAGUUUUGUGAAAUAUAUCUCCAUUAGCAAACAGAAGAGUGUGAUGAAAUAUGAAAAACUAAGAUUAGAUUAAGUUCUGUGUCUCUUUUUACUGUCUGGGCAGCUCACUGAAGACUAUAGCUAUCAAUUAAUUGAAAGUGCCUUGGAUUUGAAAUCCUUUAUCAGAUGAGUGUAUCCUGUAGAUAGUAUUCUUACUAAAGGAGAUACUUGCACUAUAAAAGUGUAUUAUAUUUGUUUUCAUUGUUGCCUAAGGAUAUUAUCAUAUGUUAAUCAAGGACCGAUUUUUAUAUCCUUUUGUACAUAUGAAAUUUUAAAAAACCCAAUACUGUUUGCUACAAUCUUGGGUUGCACUUCCAUAAAGCAACAAUGUACAAGGUAAUGAUACAAUUUAAAACUGGAUUUACAGCUACAAAACUCUUGCUAAAUAAUGAAUUAAUAAAAGUAAAGCUAAAUAUUACUCACCAUAUCACAUUCAAUGUUUCAUUGACAAGAUAGAUUGUCAUGUAGUUUAGUUUACAUGACAUUUACCUAAAAAAAGUAAGCAACAUGUUCUUUUCUUCCUCCUGUUUUUUGACUGAAACCUUUCACUUAAGCCUCCUUUUCACAGGAUCAGUAAGACUGGAAAAGAUCUCCAAGGUCACAAACUCCAACCUUUGACUAAACAGCACCACAUCAACUAGACUAUAGCAAUAAGUGCCAUGUCCAGCUGCUUCUUGAAUGCUUCCAGGGGUGGUGACUUCACCACCUCCCUGGGGAGCAAGUUCCAAUGCCUGACCAGCCUUUCCAUGGAGAAAUUCUUCCUGAUGGCCAAUCUGAACCACAGCUUGAGGCUUUUUCCUCUUGUCUGAUUGCUGUUGCUAUUCUGCUAACAUAUCUUCUCAAACAUAGUGAGAAUUGCAGGUAAAAUCUUCUUGCUAUUGACUUCAGAUGAGCUAGGAUUUUAUCCUAGGUACCUAUAUUUCAAUUUCAAUAUACUAUCUUGAAACAUUUAAUUAACCUGUCAAAUGGACAUUAAAACUUAAGUAUGAUUUUCAUAUGGUGCUCUCUUUCCAACUUCUUUUUUACAUCUGUCUUUUUGUCUUCCUCUCUGCAAUAUUCCUAGUUUUCUAAAGCAUUUAAAUCCUCCUGCUUAGGUAAGAUUAGGAAUGUAUUCAAACAUCAGCAUCUCUAAUGUUUUCAUGUAGUCUUUAACAAAUUAUCCUUAUAAAGGUAUUUUCUUACUUGUUCUAUACAGGCUUUCUGAAAUGAAUUCAAAUAGAGCAUGGCUUUAUGAAACUUUUUGAAUAGCAGUAUAUAGAAAUAGGGAGAUUCCUUUUAAUCAGGUGACUUUUCCUACUAUUGGUAGAAACAGAAACCAUCUUUUGUAUAAACUCUACCUGAAAGCAGCUGGAUUUCUUGAGGUUCUCCCCAGCGCUCACAUACUGUGAAAAGCUGUUUUAGGACAGAUUGGGUUGUUUCACAGCUCAGCCCGGAAUGUUUGGAGGUCAGAUUCUGGCUUCAGGGCAUGGGCAGCAGCAGGGAACAUGGCGCUGAGGUAUUGCAUCUUCUGUGUUAUCUGGCAAGGGGUCACUGAGGCCGUGGUGAGCAGUAGCUGAUAGAUGUAAUUUCUGCCACCCUGCAGGAUGUGAGAUGAGAGGAAGCUCAUUGCGCUGUCGUUACUGUCUGCUGAGGGAGCUCAGGGGAUCAGCUGGAGGAUCUCUGUGCACAGAGGGUGUGUUACAGAGAGGGCUUUCCCACUCCAGUCAGCUGUGGUUUGCUGUCUGUUAGCCUACAUGUCUUGAGAUACACAGCUCUGCCAGGAUGGGCAUGGCACACCAACCUCAACAGUGCAGUUCCACCUAAACUGCCUUGGAGAAAUGGUGCAGGGUGCUGUUUCUCAUUCCCAUUGAACUUAACACUUAGCCAGGUUCAUGUUCAUGGAUAGAUUGUAAGUCUAGUUAACAGAGAGAUGCAUGGAGAUCUUUUCUGUGACCAGAUGGAAAUAUGUACAUUUUAAAUCUAGGUCUAGCUACUGCUCUGAUUGUUGUACUCUUGGUCUUCACAGUAGCUUACUUCAGUAGAUAUUAGGAUAUGUGUAUGGUUACUAAAUAAACCAGAAUGAAACCAAUUCACAAUCAUUAAAAUAAUUUGUAAUUUCAAAUUAGUUUAAAUGAUGUUGACAUUUUUGAAUCGAGCUCUUGCUUAAUCUGCCUUAGAAAGAAAAAAAGAAAGGAAAGUUAAUACAAAUAAAUGUUCUGCACUAGGCAGUAGGGCCUCAUAAAUCAAAAAUUUCAGGCAGGCAAACUGGCUGCAUUUCAUACAGAAUUUUUAAAUGAGUUUUUUUAACAAAAAAGGUGAAAGCUUUUCUGAAAAUCAAAGUUUAUUUCAUAAUGUAUAUUUUAAAAUGUGCUGAGACUUAAUGUAUUAUUUAUUAGCAGUUUACAAUUUAAAUUCAUGCUGAACCUGCAGUUUUUAUAGAUUAUUAACUGUAGCCCAUUAAAAUGUUUCAUUCUGUGUUUGUUACAAUGGCUGUUUAAAGAACAAACUCCCCACUUUUCUGCAGAGCUGUGUGUUCUCUUGCUCAAGUGAGUUUCAGUAUUGUUACUGCCUGCGAUGCUCUGCCAGGCUGCUGAAGUGCAGGUUGCAGUUUGCCAAGGGCAGCUCCAUGGGCUUGCUUCCAGGAGGGCACAGCUCUGCAGUGGGUGGCACUCUCGGGUCGGUGCCGCGCUCCACUGUGCCACCGGUGCGGUUCUGGGGUCUCGAGCGCCUUCAGGAGUGCCAGCUCUGCGGAUGUCCCCAGCUGAUUCAUCCCCAUGACUUCCCAGAUGGAGAGAACUCCUAGGUCACAAAAGCAAAUCUGACAAGUGAACUGAGAGCUGUCCCAAGAGAACUGGAGAAACCUGAAUGUUGGGUGACUCCAACCCUCUCUAGGAAGUUGCUGUCAGUUUCAUGCCUGCAGCUGGUAGUGGCUGGUGAUGUACAGUACCUUCUGUGUCAUGUUGUACCACCUGAAAUAUCUUGUCCUUUUUACUCAUACUCUCCUGCCUCUCUGUUUGGUCUUGAAUGUAUUUGAAUGUCCAUUCAGUUUAUGGCUUUGUAAAAGUGUAAGUGCAGAAAAAUUUAUCAAAGUGUAUAGAAUGUAUAUGUAUAGAAUUGUACUUCAAGUUUCUUAAUAAUGUAAAUGCACUGCAACUGCUUAUUAUUGUUAUUUCUUUUAAAAUGUGUUAUCAUUAGAAGUUUACACGGACAGGAAAGCAACACAAUAUGAUACUUCUAAUAACUUAUUUAUUUGCAAAAAGUAUAAUUUUUUUGAUCUAUAGAUUCAGAUAUUUGUUUUAGUGACUAUUAAUACUGUAGUACUGUAGAAAUUAAUCAUCAAUUAAAAGACGUAUUUUAAACUUU